CAAGUGUUUCCGAGCCUGUGAUUCCAGACGUGGAGCUCAUAAUGGAGGCCGAACUCACCAGGAGUAAGGGCGAUCGCAUUCGUCGGAGACUCGUCCCUCUCCAGAGUUCAUCAGAAGAGGGCGGCAGCCGAUAUGUGUCCGACUUCGAGGAUGACGACUCUACGUCUGACGAUGAUGGUAGGGCCAACGAAGGCUAUGACCACUACAAACCUCCGUACCGAACUCGAGAUGGUUAUGGCUCAGGUUAUACAUCAGAAGCCGAGGGAGCGAAACCCCGUGCGCCGUCUCGUGCACCUUCUCGAUCCCCAUCUCGUGGUAUUUUGAAGCGGUCGAGUAGCGUGUGCAGUGCACGCUCUAACAAGAGCGUGAGGCUCGAGAUUCCAAGGGAUCGAAGAGCUCUCGAAGAAGUACGCGAUGCAGAAGAGAAGGUUGAGCAAGCCCAUAAGCGUCUGGAAGACUUACAGAGAAAGAAAGGGGAUAAAACAAAGUCUGCGGAUCCGCAAAUCAUGAAAGCAGCAGAGACGCUCAACCAGGCUCAGCGAAGCCUGAACGAGAGGGAAAACGAAUACCAAACGAUCCUCAAAGCUAUGAAGAUUAAGCAGUCUGAUCAGGAUGGGGUUGAACCCCGUUAUGUUUAAUAUUCCAUCUUUUUAUCGAACUGUUGU